AUGGCAUACUCCCACUCAAGACGUCAUGGCACCAGAAUGUCGCUGGAGGAGACUCUGGAGCAGGAACGACGGGAGCUCGUGGAUACUCUGGAGGGUCGUCAGACGCGUCACGUCUCCGAAUCAUGGACUUCAGCAUCGUCCUCCAUGAAUAAUAAUUCGGGAAACCCUGCGAGAUACAGUAUGCUGGAGUUCUCUCCUAGUCCUGGGGCUCUACCGCUGCGCCAUGGGUCCAUUGCCGGUAUAGGAGUGGGUGUGACUCCGCCGUCGUCAACUCAUCGGCGCUCCUGGAAUGAGCCGAUCUUGUCGUCGCCAUUGCGCCUGAGCUCUACUGCGACGUCCCCGCCCUCUGCAUCGUCUCCUACCUCUCCUCAGGAUCAGGAAAAGGAAAAAUCAUCUGGCGAUUCCGAGACUGCCCCUCGUAAGUCAUCGGACGGCACGGACCGAUCCCACGAGAGGAAAAAAUCAGUAGGCAAGACCGAGAAAUCCGGGAUGAAGUCACCGACAAUUACUACCGCACUUCAUCUCGAUACCUCAGUGUCGCUCAGUAGCCCCGACCGUGACUCUGCGAUUUCCCCCACCUCUACAUCUCUGGCACAGGAAAAGUCGCCGGUCGGCAAAAAUACUGUGGCUGCAAUGAUGUCAGGAUUGGACUCGAAGUUCGGGUUGCCGACUUUCGCUAGGGGACGAGACUCCGCUCGCCGCAGCGGCGCAUCGAGGGGGUCUUCACUGGAUUCUCGGCUCCCCUCUCGGUUUGCGCGCUCCAUCUCCCCCAGGAACCGAUGGCUCCGAACCAACCCUUUCAGCCUGGCAACCUCUUCCCUUAAACCCAAUAAAUCAACCGCCAAAGCGAUCGACAUGCAUUUGUCCGAUGCAGCGCUCUCUAAAUUGUCGGGAGGUCUAUCAGCACUCCCAGAGCCCGGAUCCCGUCGGGGUUCGCUUGACGAAGGUUCGACUGCAGAUGAUGAACGUUUGGAGAAGGACGUAUAUGACAGCGAGAACAAUCCGAUCGGAGAGACAAGCGACGAAGAAGACUUUGACGACAAUUCCUCAAGCGAUGACGAAUCCGUGGGCCGUGGGAGGAAGGUGUCUAUCGAGAUUAUAUCUCCGUCCGAUGAUGGCAGUCCGGUUGACACGGAGGAAAAGCCACGAAGUCUUCUUGCAGCAGCAGAAGAAGAGCGUAAACUGGUCGAGGACAAGAUCAACUCUACACCCCACGAGGAGCAGAAACCCACAUUGAUUCACUCCGCAAAGCUGGGCCCGCAGCCACUGAAUCCUCCGCAACCACCGAAGCCCCAGCAGCCCCAGGUUCACCCGCGUACGAGCUACGAAGCGACUUCUGCAGUGAACACGCCGUUUGGAUCGGAAGACGAAGCGGAGCUGUCGGAUAUCAAACGAGCCCAGAAACUCAGCAUCCAAAUGUCGUCCAUCAACAACUCUGUUCACAAUAGAUCUAUCAGGACCAUCGUGCGUGGUGACUUUGGCAAUGUGCUAGAGGAAACUGAAGGAGGCCGUCGCCGGCGGCGGAAGUACAUGGUGACCACCGACCUCAGCGAGGAAUCUGUGUAUGCGCUGGAGUGGACGAUUGGAACCAUUUUGCGGGAUGGAGAUACCUUGUUUGCCGUCUGUGCUCUCAACGAAGAGACCAGCACCGGCCCGUCUGUUCAGAUCGGCGAGGGCGCAAAAGCGAUGCAGGAUUCCGCGAUGGUGGUGGGGUCUCAAACAGAGGAGACAGCACGGAAGUACCAGAAUGAUCCGUCCACUUAUCUUCCUCGUGCCAUUCGGGAUCGUCUAGGGUCGGGCUCUGAUAGCAAGUCGAACUCCGUCGAUGCCAAGGGUAUCUCCAAAGCAGAGUCGGAUCGGAUGCAUGCUGUCGAGACAAUUUCUCAGACCUGUGUUCGGUUGUUGAGGAAGACACUGCUUCAGGUACGGAUUGCGGUGGAGGUGAUUCAUUGCAAGAGUCCUAAGCAUAUGAUAACUGAGGCUAUUGACGGACUCGAGCCGACUCUCGUGAUUGUCGGGGCCAGAGGACGAAGUGCUUUGAAGGGUGUUCUUCUGGGAUCGUUCUCGAACUACCUGGUCACCAAAUCUUCCGUUCCGGUAAUGGUCGCUCGCAGGAAACUAAAGAAGCACACCAAGAACAAAAAGACGAAUAUUCGCCUUUCCAACAACUUAUCAACGCCAAAGAGUCUUGCCAUGGCAAAGAUUGAUUGA